CUCCGUCAGUCCGCAGGGAUGGAGACGUUAGGCGAGCAGCAGCAUGCUGUCACGUACUGACAGCGAAAGCCAACAAGGGGAAAAAAUAUCAGCAGGACCGAAAUGCGCCAUGCAAGCAGCAGAGUGCUGAUAGUGUGGUUGUCCCGCAAUGAGCCGCCGACCUCCGGACCGGUGUGGAGAUGGACGGGACGUGAGGGCAGCCUGGAUCCUCACUGUGACCCUCAUCACCGCUCAGACUGCCGGAGGUUCACCGCUGGACCCCGAGGUUUUUCUGGAAAAGUAUGGCUAUCUCCAUCAGGACAACCACAUCCACAAUGCAGCUGAGAUGCAGUCAGCUAUCUGCGAGUUCCAGAUGUUGUCCCGGCUUCCGGUCACGGGUGAGCUUGACGGCGCCACCUUGAGGCAGAUGUCGGAGCCCCGCUGUGGGGUGUCGGAUGAGGGCAGCCAGCAUAUCUGGGCUCAGAGAGUAAACGCCAUCUUUACUGGAAAGAGCGCCGCUCUCAGACGACCACAGCGGAGGAGGGGGCGCUCUGCUGCGCAAGCUGAGAAGUGGUACAAACGUCAUCUGACCUACCAGAUAGUGAACUGGCCUCACCACCUGUCUCUGGGCUCUGUGCGUCUGGUGGUGCGCACUGCCUUCCAGCUGUGGAGCAACGUGUCGGGCCUGGUGUUCCAAGAGGCACCUGUAGGUCCCGCUGACAUCCGGCUGGCCUUUUAUGAGGGAGACCACAACGACGGGGCCAGCAACGCCUUCGACGGACCAGGAGGAACUCUGGCUCACGCCUUCCUGCCUCGCCGAGGGGAAGCCCACUUCGACAGGGAGGAGAGGUGGACCCUAAACGGACACAAGGGACACAACCUGUUCAUGGUGACCGCCCACGAGAUCGGACACACUCUGGGACUUGAGCACUCCCCCGUCCGUCACGCCCUGAUGUCGCCGUACUACAGGAAGCUCGGCCGCAGCCUGGUGCUGAGCUGGGAUGACAUCAUCGCAGUGCAGCAACUGUACGGUAAGCCGCCAGGUGACCGGCCCGUGAGGCUGCCCGGCCAGGUUUUGCAUGCUGUGCUGCGGGAGUGGGAGUUCACAGAGCUUCACAACGGGCAUCAGACCGCAGGGCAGCCCCUCUACUGCCAGGGUAUCUUUGAUGCCAUCACUAUGGACCAGAAUGAGACAGUGCUGGUGUUUCGUGGCAGUGUGUACUGGACAGUGUCAGCUGAAGGCAGUGUGAGCGGCCCGCUGCCUCUCCGUCAGCGCUGGUCAGACCUCCCUAUCGCCAUCGAGGCUGCUGCGUUCUCCCCACUGGACUCCAAGUGGUAUUUUUUCAAAGGGAAGCGGAUGUGGCGCUACACAGGCAGCGUGCUGGACCCCGGCUUCCCCAGGAGGAGCACUGAGUUGGGGCUGCCUCGCCACCCAGACUGCGCCUUCUAUUACGCUCCUCUUGGUCACAUGGUCCUCUUCAAGGGCUCCCGCUACUCUGUACUUAACCUAAAAUCCCUGCGCCAAGAGCCCUACUACCCCCGCAGGCUGAAAGACUGGACUGGUGUGCCACAGGGGACCAACGGGGCGCUGACCCGUCCAGACGGGCGUCUCUACCUGUUCAGAGAGCAGCGGUUCUGGAGAUUUGACCCGGUCAAGGUGCAAGUCACCAGAGGGGGCCAGUGGGCCAAGGAUCUGAGAUGGACUGGUUGCAGCAACGCUCCUCAGAGCAACAAUAUCCUUUGACCAGCAGAGGGAGCUGUAAGCUUUAGAUAAAGUGCAAUUCGUUGAUGUAUUGUAAUUUAAAAGUGCUCUAACUUUUUCACCCUAAACCCACAUUUGUUGCAAACUCAUGCCAUGAAUGGAUUCAACUAAAAUAAACCAACAUGGCUUAUACAUUUUGAAGCACAUAUAGUAUUUAUACUGCAGAGCAAUGGAUAUUACUGUAUAUGGAUGUGCACUCACAGCCUCAUUAGCACAGUUUAGAUAAUGAUGGCACUCUUAAGUCAGCAGAUGAAAAACAUUUUUUUUUGGUUGGAGAUUUGCUGUUAAAACCAUCUUCUUUUCUUUUGUAGUAUUUGCACACCAAAUAUAUAUUUACCAUUUCUUCUGCAAUGUGUAACAUAUUGUAUAAAAAAGUGUUACUUA